ACUGGCCGAUUCAUUUUCUGUGAAUAAUGGAAAGAAAAUCUUUUUAUUUAUUUAUUUAUUUUUUACAAAUCCAGCUUUAUUUGCACCGAACGUGAGGAGACCGGAGCGUUAAACGCCGCCCAACGUUUCCAAAAGGUUUUACGCGUGACUUGCCUGCGCUUGCCAUCUUUAAACCCAUAGUCGUGCCAAAUCGCUUUGACGCACGGGGAAAAAAAGCCAAAAUAACGAGGAAAAGAGUUUGUUUUCUCCGACUGUAUUUUAAAGACAGAGUUUGUUAAAAUGGGAUGUACCUGCAUCAUGGUCGUGUUGACUUGGAAAAAAGGGUGCUUCACCUCCCUCCUGACUGUCCUGCAUGGUCAUGACCUGUCAAAAUUCCCCUUUCACAGCUCGCCUUAUCCUAUUGGUCCUGCUCACUGUCACUCCACGCCUAGCCAGCUCUGCCCCAGUGUGGGACGAGAAAGGGGAGGGAGGGGUGCAGGGGCGCACACGGACAGACCACAAAGAGGACAGUUCGGGCCCCAUCCUCUCAGCCCCCCAGCCCCAGAUUUUGCCUGACCCAUUUGAAGGAUUGCAAGAUCAAGGCCGUGGUCCUGGUCAAGAUAAAUAUUUAGAUAAAGCCAGUGACCCCGAGCAGGUGCUUGCUGUUCUUUUGGAGUCUCUGGACCACCCAGGGGAUGGCAAAAUCCUUACCAGCAGAAACAGAGACUGGAAGGAGGAUAAGGGUCGGAAGCUGCCCUCUGCUGAAUCUGUGCAGGGUGGUGAGAUAAGAGAAACAGAGCAGACAGAAGGGGAGAGGGGGAAGGAAGACGACAAUGAUAAGGGGGAGGCUGAUAAGGCAAUUGAAAAGGUAAUUUUAGGCCAUUUGGCAGUUGUUCAGGCAGAUGAGAUGAAAGAAAAGGAGGAGGAGCAAAGUGCAACUAAGGAAGAACGAAAAAAUGAAGAAGAGGAACAAGAAGAGGGAAAUAAUUUAGAUGAACUCAUAGACAAAGUCAAAUCUGCAUCCACCUCAGACGUGGAUGAUCCCUCAUUGGAGCGCAAAAUCCGAGGCUACUUCCAAAACAUAGACUUGGGUCUGCAAGACAAUGAGAUCCUGCCUCCUUUGAAGGGCUACAAGGCAUACAACACUCAGCUCGCUCGAGCUGGGAAGAAGCAGCACUGGCAGGACAACAUGUCUAGCAAUAGACCUGUAAAGGGGGGGAAUUUCAUGGACGACUUUGAUGAGGGAGGCGAAGAAAUAGAGGAGGAGGUAGAGGAGGAGGAGGAGAGCCUCUCCCACAUGGAAGAAGAAGCGAGGGCGCGUGCAGAGAAGCAGGAGAUUCUCCGGCAGCAGGAGGAGGCGGAGAAAGCUAGGGAGGAAGAGCAGAGGCUCGCUGACAUCGCCUCCGACAUGCUACUGCAGUACAUGGGCAGGAAGCAGCAGUCCUUCAUGAAGCCACGACAGAAGAGCAGCAACACCGCCGAGGACAAGAGGUCAGAAGAGGUCCUACCCGACGAAGACGACCUGGACCAGCAAAUGAUUGAUAGGCUGAUUGAAAUCAGCAGCAAGCUCCACCUCCCUGCCGACGACGUGAUUGAGAUCAUAAGCGAUGUGGAGGAGAAAAAGAAGAAAAGGAAAGAGUUGCAGCAGCAGCCAAUCAACAGUAAUCCAGUCAUUCCUCGCUUUAGGCCUCUGGUGCCGCCUCCUCUUGCCACCCCACCCAUUUACCACUACACAGCUUCAAAAAAUCCCAAGAAAGCUCCUUAUAAGCACAAUAAAUCCAACAAGAAAUGGCACAAAGACAAAAUCAAGUCAUACAAGCAGGACUAUUGGUAUAAGCCACAGAAGCAGCUUGACUACUGGUAUAAACCUCAGAAACAGUUUUUAGCCUUCCCAUCCUAUCCCUACUACCAAAAGCCAUAUCGAGCCUACUACCCAGUUUACUUCCCAUAUCCUAAAGCACAGUACUAUGGCAAGUCAUCCCCUUCCCGAGACCAGUCUUUUGGCCCCCAAGAACUCGAUCUCCAGCCCCCAAGGCGCAGGCACAGGGGUGGCGGUAAGAACUUGGCGGGACAGGGCUGGAGGCAGCAGCCACCACCACGCCUGCCUCUCACUCCUUAUAUCUCUAACUAUAUCCUUCCUCACCCACGGACCUACCAGCCUCUGCCUCCCCCCAAACCAGUGAUUGCCCCCAGAAGGGGGAGGAGACCACCUUACUACUACCCACAGGUCACCCAAGUAGAUGACUAUGAGGAAGAUGGGCUGGUGCCUCAGCUGGACAGUGAGGAGGAGCUGGAGAACUUUAUCGAGAGGAUCUACAUGAAGCGCAGAAUGUAUUGAGAGACUCUUUUGGACACUGUCAGAUCAGAGGGACUGAAGGAGGGCCAAGUUUGAAGAAAAUUAGCAAAGUAUAAUACGAAGGACUGAGAGGAGUUACAUUUGGAGCCUGUGGUCAUUUUCAAUGGUUGGAAAGUUAAAAAAUUUGAUUUCUGUUGUUCUUCACUUUAAGUUUAUUCAGUUUUCAGUCGGGGAGAAGAUAAAGAAAUUCAUCUCCCUGUGACCAUUUCAGCCUCUUGAUGGGUUUACAUUUUAAAAAAAAAACAGAACAUACUGCAGUGUAUGUCUGCCUCCAUUCAGGUCAAUCUCUGAUGUUUUCUUGUAUAUUUCAGAGAAUUAUAGAGCGCACAUUCACAAAGAUUAACACUCUGACAGACACACACACACAUACAGAGGCAUGCAUACACAUGCAUCCAUGACACAUUUACAUGCACACUUUAAAAAAUAUGUUUACAGCAUCUCUUGGUAUCUUCUUUUUGUAUCUUUUUGUCACAUUACAAAGGAAAAACAGAUCAACAACUUAAACAAACAUGAAAAUGAAAGUAUAUUUUUGUUGUAUUUGAUGUGUUUAAAUGCCUUUCUUAUGCCAGAUUGGAUUAACUUUAAUCAGCUAUACAUAUUUAAGUUUGAUUUCAAGAUUGAGAUUAUUUGCCUUACCAAUGCCAUGGUUCUAUAAGGGAUAUUUCACAUUGCUUAUGAAAUAAUUCACAUAUGAUCCUGAUGUAGAAACCCUGUGGACUCCAAAAGCACAAACUUAAAGAGUAAACACUUCCAACAUGGUGGACCAGGGGUUUUUAACUGUUCUGGGAUCUAGUUUUAUUUUUUCAACACACAUAUGGUAGUUUUAUGUAUGCCUUAACUUAUUGUUGUCAUCAGAAGCCCUUUUACUUCUUGUGUAAAUUUUUGUUUCUACAACAUCCCUGGAUUUCCUUUUCUU